AAAAAAGCUACUUUGAGAGGAAAGUAUAAGGCCUAAUCUUUCUGAAAACAAAACAUAUAUGCUUUGGCGUCAGGGUUCGGAAAUGACGGAAGCUGCUGUCACAACUGGCCGGUUGAUUUGAUCAUCCAGAUAAAACUCCAGAAAAAGAGAUAAAACAAGUCUUCUGCUAGAUCUCUCGUUAUGAAUUUAGUGGUCUUUAAAAGUAGCCUGAAAAUCUGUUGAUGGAAUUCAUACGGAGACAAGAUCUACUUGUUUUUGUAACUCUACUACUGGACCAUGGGAACUGACAAGUCCCUUCCAUUCAAGUUCGUGACGGUGAGGGUGUGGCCGUGAGUCGCUGUGCCCUGAGUCGCUGUCAGCUGAUGGGGGUGUGGCCGUGAGUGGCUGUGCCGUGAGUGGCUGUGCCGUGAGUCGCUGUGCCGUGAGUCGCUGUGCCGUGAGUGGUGCCGUGAAUGGCUGUCAGCUGAUGGGGGUGUGGCGGUGAGUCCCCUGUGAGCUGAUGGGAGAGGUGAGCGAGAUGCUGGACUGCUGGUUCUGUCUGCCCGGGGGCUGACUGCCCUGUGUGUGCUGCCACUGGACACUAACAAUGUGCUGAGAGGAACAAGGAGAAGACAGAGUAUGUGAAGAAAGGAAAACAUGUCUCAUGAAAGUGACAGAAGAAGAAGGAUGUGGUAAGGGGAAGAUCGAGAAGAAGGGCCCCCGGAGAGAAAGAUGAAGAUGUGUAAAGUCCCUUCUCGCAGCGGCCAGUUCCUGGCGCACAACUUGACCUUGCUCAAGUUCCUGCUGUUGCUCCUGGCACUGGCCGUCUCGCUUUCUCUCGUCAUCCACCAUUACCUGGCCAAUCUAAGCACGGCUGGCGACUUCCAGCCAGACCCACACCGCACUAGACUGAUCGAUGGCCUACCUGGCGACCCUGACUCGGAGCUCCCCCACGCGCGGCCAGCCUCGGGUUCCCGGCAGCAGGAGAUAGAAGAACUGCGCCGGAUCAAAGCCUCGGUGAGCAACGAGCUGCGACAGUUGGAGAACCGCCGGCUCCACCUACAGGCGGACAUCACAGACUACGCUGGCAAGAUUGACGCGCUCAAAGCGGAGCACGGUGUGUUGAACAAGGAGGUGAGUCAGAUCCGCGUGUCGCUAGAACACAUCCGCUUUGAGCAGGAGGAGCGGCGCCUCCACGCGCCCAACAUCCGCGCCCCCCACCGCAUCCUGCGCACCGUGGACCCCCAGGAGCCACUGGACAUGCCAGGCUCCGCCCACCACUGCCGCAUGGAGUCUUGCUUUGACUUUUCGCGCUGCUCGCUGGUCUCUGGCUUCCCCGUGUUCCUCUAUGACCCUCACCGCUACGCCUUACCUGGCCACCCUGUGACGCCGGGCGUGGCCUCGGCCGUGCUGAGUUACCUGUCCCGCAGCAGUUACCGCACGGAGGACGCGGCCAGCGCUUGCCUGUUUGUGCUGGUGCUGGGGGAGACGAGCGCGGGGUCAGCCCCCCCGUCCGCGGGGGAUGUGGAGGACAUGUUGCUGGGUCUGCCCCACUGGGCGGGGGAUGGGAGGAACCACCUCCUCCUCACCCUCGCCUCCUCCCUGGCCACCGCCGACCUCCUGACGGGCGUGGCCACAGGCCGGGCAAUGGUGGCUCAGCCCUUCUUCACGGACACAGCGUACCGGCCUGGCUUUGACCUGGUCAUUCCCCCCAACUUUGGCCCCAGCGUGCGCGAGGGCAUGUGGCGUCACCUGCCCCAGAUCUCCCCGGUGAGGAGGAAGCUACUGCUGUCCUACCUGGGGGAGUACUCUCCCCUCCACUCACAGCACCCGCCCAGCGACCACAGACUCCAGCCUCACGACUUCCCAGACAAUUCCCCUAGGGGAGGGAAAGUGGCGGGCCGCCGCCCUCUGUCCGCCAUCGACUCCUCGCUAUUGUCCUCUCAGACCUACUUCUCCCACAUAGAACAGGCCAUUGUGGCCUCGCUGAAAAGUUUCCAGGUAAGCUACCAGGGCAGUGUGGACGUGGACCUGUCCUGUGGCCAGUUUGGCCGUGCUCUGACCACUCCGGCCGACUGGUCACUGUGUGAUUCCGCCUCGGCCCGACGCGACCGUACCAUUGGCUCCACUUUUUCCCUCAUCCUCCUUCCCCUCAACGCUUCGUUAGAGUCGACCUUGGCCUUUCAGACCCGCCUCUACGAGGCCCUCAACUACGGUGCUAUUCCCGUCAUUCUUGGCUCGCAUGGAUUACUUCCCUUUGCAGAAGUUUUACGGUGGGAGUCUGCGGCAGUUGUCCUCCCCACCCCGCGCGUCACAGAAAUCCCGUUCUUCCUUCAGUCAUUCCCGGACGAGGCUGUGUCCUCCCUGCGCCUACAAGGCAGACAUUUCUUCCUCAACUACCUCAGCUCCACCGAGUCUGUCCUUGACACUGUGCUGGCCACGCUGAGGUCGCGCCUCCAGAUACCCCCCGUGACUGCCAGAGAGGAGCCCGCCCCCACCGCCUUCCCCCCAGGUUUUGUCCCACUCAAGUACGAGGGCCCGGAGCCUGAACCAGAGAGUGACGAGGUGCUGGGCCCCGCCGAGACACCGUUCCCCUCGGAGGCUUUCCGCCACAACUACUCCACCAGCAGCGUGUUGGACCCGUUCAACUCCCUGGGAGACCCCUUCACACUCUACCCCUACACCCCAUUUGAGCCUGUCCUGCCAUCAGAGGCCAAGUUCAAAGGUUCCAGUUUUGGUUUUCGGCCUAUCAACCGCGGGGCGGGUGGAGACGGGAAAGAUUUCAGCAUAGCCCUCGGUGGGAACACAGCCAGGGAGCAGUUUACUGUUACGCGUACCAGUACAGCUAUGUGAUGCCUCAAGCCAUCCGAGACAAAGUGGACGAAUACAUGAACUGUGAGGACAUCGCCAUGAACUUCCUGGUCGCUCACAUCACCCGCAAACCGCCCGUCAAGGUGACCUCGCGGUGGACGUUCCGCUGCCCCGGCUGCCCGUCCACUCUCUCCAGCAACUCGAGCCACUUCGAGGAGCGCCACCGCUGCAUCAACUUCUUCUCCCAGGUCUACGGCUACAUGCCGCUGCUCUACACGCAGUACCGCGUCGACUCGGUGCUCUUCAAAACACGCAUCUCCCACGACAAGACCAAGUGUUUCAAGUACAUCUAGCUGCCACGUACACCUGGAGGCUACAUACACCUGGAGGCUACAUACACCUGGAGAAUCUAUACACACACAAUUGUGCUACAUACACCUGGAGAAUCUAUACACACACAAUUGUGCUACAUACACCUGGAGAAUCUAUACACUCACAAUUGUGCUACAUACACCUGGAGAAUCUAUACACUCACAAUUGUGCUACAUACACCUGGAGAGUUUAUACACUCACAAUUGUGCUACAUACACCUGGAGAAUCUAUACACUCACAAUUGUGCUACAUACACCUGGAGAGUUUAUACACUCACAAUUGUGCUACAUACACCUGGAGGCUACAUACACCUGGAGAAUCUAUACACUCACAAUUGUGCCUGGUGCCGGUACAACGACUACUGUUUGUGCUUGUUUCAAGGACAUCUAGAACCGUGCUCCUCGCGUGGAAAGUGGGGCUUUUCAAUCCUAUGGAGGCAAGCGGCCGUUUUGUCGUAGCUGGUGACAUGAUUACCUCACUGGACGUCUCUGUGAGCAGGCCAGUGUGUGGGCGGAGCUUGUGUUGUGGUGGGUUCUCCUGGACUCCUCUCAGUCACAGAGGGGACCUGUCAGCCGAGCUGUUCUAUUCCCUGAGGGGACCUGUCAGCCGGGCUGUUCUAUUCCCUGAGGGGACCUGUCAGCCGGGCUGUUCUAUUCCCUGAGGGGACCUGUCAGCCGGGCUGUUCUAUUCCCUGAGGAGACCUGUCAGCCGGGCUGUUCUAUUCACUGAGUGGACUGGCUGUUCUAUUCCCUGAGGGGACUGGCUGUUCUAUUCCCUGAGGGGACUGGCUGUUCUAUUCCCUGAGGGGACUGGCUGUUCUAUUCACUGAGUGGACUGGCUGUUCUAUUCACUGAGUGGACUGGCCGUUCUAUUCACUGAGUGGACUGGCCGUUCUAUUCACUGAGUGGACUGGCCGUUCUAUUCACUGAGUGGACUGGCUGUUCAAUUCACUGAGUGGACUGGCUGUUCUAUUUACUGAGUGGACUGGCUGUUCUAUUCACUGAGUGGACUGUCUGCCUGGCAGCAGUCGGGAUAAAAAGUCAGUCAGCUCGCUGUGGAGAGAGAGAGUGUACGAGAGAGAGAGUGUGCCCGUUUUGUGGA